UCUCUCUCACCGCCCUGAACCAAUCACCAGCGGGCGGAACUAAAUUCCUCCGGAACCUAAAAAAUCGCUCCGACGUUGCAGCUGCGCCGCGUUUCCUGCGGACUCGGACCCUUGACUCUGGGACAAGAUGGCGGCCCGCUUGCUCCGUGCCGUCCGUGCUGCUUCUGCCGCCUCCACCGCCUCCGCCGCCACCGCCGCCGCCCCCUCGUCUCUGUGGCAUGCGGCGGGCGUGCGUGGGGCUGGGUCGCUGGCGUCACUGCCCCCGGCCACCGUCCCCUCGAGCCGCGGGGAGUUUGUGGUGACUAAGCUGGACGACCUCGUUAACUGGGCCCGCAGGAGCUCUCUGUGGCCCAUGACGUUUGGACUGGCGUGCUGUGCGGUGGAGAUGAUGCACAUGGCCGCCCCGCGCUACGACAUGGACCGCUUUGGCGUGGUUUUCCGCGCGUCUCCGCGCCAGGCGGAUGUCAUGAUCGUAGCCGGGACGCUCACCAACAAGAUGGCGCCCGCCCUGCGCAAGGUUUAUGAUCAGAUGCCUGAACCUCGCUGGGUUAUCUCCAUGGGAAGCUGUGCCAAUGGAGGCGGCUACUACCACUACUCCUACUCCGUGGUGCGUGGCUGUGACCGCAUUGUCCCCGUUGACAUCUACGUGCCCGGAUGCCCUCCCACCGCGGAGGCUCUCCUCUACGGAGUGCUGCAGUUGCAGAAGAAAAUCAAGAGGCAGAAAGUGAUCCAGAUGUGGUAUCGGAAGUAGGCAGCCGCCACCGCCGCCGCCGCCGCUGCCGCCACCACCGCCACCACCACCGCCACCAUCAC